AUGCCGCUCCUCAUCCUCCUCUGUGUCCUGCUACUGGCCGCCGGGCUCGAGCUCGCCCGCGGCUACCCGACGGCCGGCGCCGGCGACGCCCGCGCGUACAACUCGAGCAUGUGCCAGGGGUCCUUCGCGUGCGGGGGGCUUAACAUCCACUACCCGUUUUACCUCUCCAACGAGUCCAUGGUCGUCGACGGCGUGUCCCAGUCCUACUGUGGCUACCCCGGCAUGGCCGUGCGCUGCGACGACAGCCGCGCCAACGCCACCGCCACGCUCCGGCUCGCCGGGGGCACCAACUACACCGUCCUCGGCAUCGACUACGACAACCACACCAUCACGCUCGCCGACGCCGACGUCUCCAACGGCGUCUGCCCCAUGGUCCGCCACAACGUCAACAUCCCUCGCGAGGCGUGGCUCAACUUCACGCCCACCGGCAACAGCACCAUCUCCUUCUUCCUCGACUGCAGCUUCACCACAUACGUCACCGUCGCCCCUCUACCGCCGCCUGAGCUCGUCCCGAUCAACUGCACCGGCGGCUUCGGGCGCGGGAGGUCGUUCCUCGCCACGCAGCUCGGCGCGCCGGACGGGAACUGGGCACGGGCGUGCAAAGAGGUGUACGUGGCGCCCGUGCAGACCGGCGAGUGGCUGACGAGCCCGGAGUCCCGCGGGCGGCUCGGGAGCGGCGGGUACCGCGAGGUGCUGCGACGCGGGUUCCGGCUCAGCUGGGACCCGAGCGCCGGGCCGUGCUUCAAGUGCGAGCUGUCCGGGGGCCGGUGCAGCUACGACCAGCCCGGCGGGUUCCUCGGCUGCCUCUGCUCCGACGGCCGCGUGCGCAGCAUGGACUGCGGACCAAAGAAAACGAGCAAAAAUGCAAUAAUAGCAGUAGGAUGCUACGCAGCAGCUCUGGUUCUAUUCGUGCUUCUCCUCGUGGUGUCCUUCCUGUACGUCCGCAAGAGGAGGCAGCACAAGAUGACCUCCUCGUCCAGGCUCCUCAAGUACAGCAACUCCGGCGGGACGCCCCGCUCCAGAGGCGGCAGCGACCUGGAUUCCGGCGGCGUCCACAAUCUGCAGACCCACCACUUCGCCUACGAGGAGCUGGAGGAGGCCACCGGCGGCUUCAGCGACACCCGCGAGCUCGGCGACGGCGGCUUCGGCACCGUGUACAAAGGCCAACUCCGGGACGGCCGCAUGGUGGCGGUGAAGCGGCUGUACAACAACGGCUCCCGGCACGUGGAGCAGUUCCUGAACGAGGCGGCCAUCCUGUCGCGGCUGCGCCACCCGAACCUCGUCACCUUCUACGGCUGCACGUCCAGCCGCAGCCGGGAGCUGCUGCUGGUGUACGAGUACGUGCCCAACGGCACCGUGGCCGACCACCUGCAGGGCCACCGCGCCGCGGAGCGGGCGCUGCCGUGGCCGCUCCGCCUCAACGUCGCCGUCGAGGCCGCCGCCGCGCUAGCCUACCUCCACGCCAUCGACCCGCCCGUGGUGCACCGCGACGUCAAGACCACCAACAUCCUCCUCGACGCCGACUUCCACGUCAAGGUCGCCGACUUCGGCCUCUCCCGGCUCUUCCCGCUCGACGGCGCCACGCACGUGUCCACCGCGCCGCAGGGCACCCCGGGCUACGUCGACCCGGAGUACCACCAGUGCUACCAGCUCACCGACCGCAGCGACGUCUACAGCUUCGGCGUGGUGCUCGCCGAGCUCAUCUCGUCCAAGCCCGCCGUCGACGUCACCCGGGACCGCGACGAGAUCAACCUGGCCUCCAUGGCCGUGGGCAGGAUCCAGCGGUCGGAGCUGGACCAGCUGGUGGACGCCGAGCUUGGGUAUGGCUCCGACGAGGCCACGACGAGGGCGAUCACGAUGGUGGCGGAGCUGGCGUUCCGGUGCCUCCAGCAGAACAGCGAGAUGCGGCCGCCGAUCAGGGAGGUGCUCGACGGUCUCAGAGGCAUACAAGAGGGCGGCGCCAAGGCGAAGAAAUACGACGUCGUCGUCGUCCCCCGCUCCCCGAACACCGUGCACGCUCCUUGGGACAGCAUGAGCACCACCCCGAGCAUUAGCCUGUAG